ACGGACAGUACGGACUACGGAAUCACUCAUCAGUUCACUUCGACAUGUCUUCGGGUCUUCUGCGUGGCUCGUCAAUGCCGAAUGCAAUUUUAUUUCAGUGUAAAUGCUCUUGUGUUACAGUCCGGGUUUUCAAGUCGAAAUAGUGCCGUGUCGUGUGUAUCGAUUUUUAAAUAAUUUCAAAAAUUUAAAACGUGUUUAUAUACCUACCGUAAUCCAGUUCGCGAGCUAUGAUGAAUAUUGAGGAAAUGUGUGUUCAAUAUUUGGGUACCUACAACAUUUCUGGAAAAGAAAGGAGCGGUGAAAAUGGCGAGAAAAGGAAAUAUGAAGGAAGUGUCAACAAAAAGAUAUUGCAGAAAAACAAUCAUGACUGCAAUAAUAUCAAACAGAAAGCUGAGCCAGAAAUAGCUAAUUUAAAAUUAGAAAUUGAAAAGCUGAAUUUUAGAAAAAACAAUAUGAAUCUUUUACUAAACUAUUUCAAUUCUAAAAAUACAAAAAAUUCAUCAAAAGGUGUGAAGUUGGAUGACCAAAGCUAGAUUACUGUUUUUUUGUAAGACUAAUAGGCAGCGUUGGAUAGUAAAGUUAUGCAAAUUACAAAUUACUGUAACUAAAUUACUCUUGCAGUAACUCUGUAGUAAUUUCAUUAUUAUUUGUUUAAAUUAACGCAAUUGUAACAAAAUUACUUUUUAAAAGUAAUUUAACCAGCGCUGCUAGUAGUGCAAAAAGUAUUUCUCUGUAUUAAUUUUUUUGU